GUCCACCCCCCGAGCCCGGGCGGGAACGCGCACACACCGCGUGUCCACACCCUCUUCCGGUCCGGGCUCCCGCGACUGCUCUCUGUGCUGUCGGUGGAUGCUGCGCCUUUCGGAGCGCAAUAUGAAGGUGCUCUUCGCCGCCGCCCUCAUCGUGGGCUCCGUCGUCUUCCUUUUGCUGCCGGGACCCUCCGUGGCCAACGAUAAGAAGAAGGGACCCAAAGUCACAGUCAAGGUAUUCUUUGAUCUCCGAAUUGGAGAUGAACCUGUAGGCCGAGUGACCUUUGGACUCUUUGGGAAGACCGUUCCAAAAACAGUGGAUAAUUUUGUAGCCUUAGCUACAGGAGAGAAAGGAUUUGGCUAUAAAAACAGCAAGUUCCAUCGUGUCAUCAAGGACUUCAUGAUCCAGGGUGGAGACUUCACCAGGGGAGAUGGCACAGGAGGAAAGAGCAUCUAUGGUGAGCGCUUCCCAGAUGAGAACUUCAAGCUGAAGCAUUACGGGCCUGGAUGGGUGAGCAUGGCCAAUGCGGGCAAGGACACCAAUGGCUCCCAGUUCUUCAUAACUACAGUCAAGACAUCCUGGCUGGAUGGCAAACAUGUGGUUUUUGGCAAAGUUCUAGAGGGCAUGGAUGUAGUGAGGAAAGUGGAGAGCACCAAGACAGACAGUCGGGACAAGCCCCUGAAGGAUGUGAUUAUUGCAGACUGUGGCAAGAUCGAAGUGGAGAAGCCCUUUGCCAUUGCCAAGGAGUAGAGUCUCAGGGACCCCAUCCCUCCAAGUGGCUGUACUGCAGGUCCCAUUACCCCCCCCCCCAGGGGUGAAGGUAGCCAGUCACAGGCCCCAUGCCACUCGGCCCCAAUGCUUCCAUCUGAGGGGGUGGACUCACACCCCUCACAUUCCACAGGCCUGGUUUUUAUAUCAAAUUAUCAAUUCUGAUCAAUAAAAAAAAGUGGGUUUUCUUUUUUUUUAUAA